CUUUCUUCUUGUGUAAAUGCACAUACAAAACAUGUGCACUUGACAGCAGUAACCAGCCCAAAGCCCGGGCUACAAAAAUCACAAUGAAUGCCCUUCUAUGUCCAAUAACGGCAAAAUAAAUUAGAACAACUGUUUUAGCGAGCGGUACACAAGACAACCCCUCUUUGAAUGACAUGGGUGGGCGGGCAGUCAUCAGCAAGCGAGUUUUAGAGUUUAUACUUUAACAAAACGUCCGAGCGAAACUUGUAUCAGGAAAACUCUAUGCAAGCAUGAAAAAAAAAAAGUUGACUGUGCGCGUAAAGUUGCUGGGGGUAGUGUUGCCUGGCUUCCUCUCUCUCAUUUUGCUAUUGUUGUCGGACCAGGAAGAUUCAUCCGGUUCCUUGAAAUCGAUGUUCCAGAAAAGCGGGUUGUUCUUGACAUUUACUCAAGGGGGGGGGGUUGCUCAAGUGUGUGGAAGAAAGCUUGGCGUUUUGUUCCACCCAAAGUCGUACGAUUUGGAAAGCCACACAACGUAAUCAUUGAACUUUUUUUGCA